UGUGUUUUUUCUCGCUUUGUAUAGAAACAAAUUAAUGAAAAUUUUCGUUAUCAACUUUCGGAUUACUAAUUACGAAUAAUAAUGAGUUCAACGAGCAUUGCACGUCAAAAUAGGAGAAAAAAACUGAAACAGCUUCCACCAAUAACAUCUCUAAAGGUGCCACAAGUGUUAAUGUUGUCACCAGCUGCACUGGAUUCGAGCACUGAUUAUGAUGGAUCUCCAAAUUUAUCGCAGUGUGAUAGUGAACUGGAUUCUGAAAGGAAAUUGGAACAGAAAAUUGAUCAAGAGAAAGAUUCUGAGGAAAAAGAAAACUUUAAUGCUUCCACAGGUUGUAGUUUUGUUCAGUGCGACGUAUCCAGUAGACCAGUUGGAAAGGUAUUUAUAGAAGAAGAAAGAGGUUUUAAGGCUAUUGAUUUGAGCGAAAACUUCCAACCACAUUUUACCAAUGCUCCUCAUCAGACAGAACUGAAGUCUGAAUUGGGAAUUGAUCUUGCGUGCAGGACAGCCAGGUACUUUCAUGGUAUCAGUAACUUUUUACAUGGAGUUCUUGGUGGCAUGUCCCUUUUACAUAUUCUUCUGUUAUUUCAUCUGAUAUAUUCUGAAAAUUACGGCGAAGAUCUGCUGAACCACUACAGUUUUUUAUCACAACCUGUUCACAAUGUUUUCAACUUUCUCUGUAUUGUGUGCUGCAUUUCUGCUUUUGACAGGUAUGAUAUUGGUAACCCUAAGCAGUUGUAUCAUUCAAUUAAAAGGUGUGACAUAAAGGUUUUAGUGCUCAUCAUUUAUCCCAUUUGUUUAAUUCUGAGUCUCAGCACAGCCAGUGUGGAUGAGAAAUUUUGCUUGCCACAAGCAAAUUUAACAGCUUUGGAAUUGCUCAAAGUGAUGGAAUCCCAAGAUGAACUUUUUUAUUGGAAAACAUUGAGCCUGAGCAAAUGUUUUGGAGUUCUAAUAGGAUGGAUCAUUAUAUCUUGGGAUCCCAAUAGCAAUUUAUUUUAUAAAAAGCUCAAAGGUAUUAAAGAACAGAGCCGAAAGUCUGGAGGACAUUUGAGAAACAGCUGAUUUAAUAUAUGCUUUUAUUUUUGAUACUGAGUGAGCAAUGAUUAUAUAUGAAUGCAAUAUUUUAAUUCAUUAUAACAUCUCCGAUGUUUUUAUCUCGA